GUACCGAAGAAAUCAAAGGUGGUGCUGCUGUCUUGUGGGUCUUUCAACCCAGUGACAAAUAUGCACCUGCGCAUGUUUGAACUGGCAAGAGAUCACCUGGAGGACACGGGACGGUAUGAAGUGGUGAAGGGGAUCCUGUCACCAGUGGGCGAUGGCUACAAGAAGAUAGGCCUGAUCGAGGCCAGCCAUCGGGUGGAAAUGGCCAAGCUGGCGGUAGAGAGCUCCAGCUGGAUUGAGGUGGACAGCUGGGAGAGCAGGCAGGCCGACUGGCAAGAGACAGUCAAAGUGCUACGGCAUCAACAACAGGAACUGCUCUCCCAGGAACCGGACACUGAUGUGGUAGGCACUGCAAAACCUGGCAGGAAAAGAAAACGCAUGGAUGCCAGCAGUGCCACCAAGAGGAGGAAGCUCGAAGAGCCUGAUAUUGCACCUAAAAAAACAGUUUCCGCUGCCUCCUCAGGUGAGCCGCGCGUGAUGCUACUCUGCGGUGCUGAUGUGCUGGAAUCAUUCGGUGUGCCGGGGCUGUGGAAGCCUCAGCACAUCGAGGAGAUUGCCAGCACAUUUGGACUGGUGUGCAUCACCCGCGGCGGAUCGGAUGCGGAAGCCUUCAUACAGGGCUCCGACCUCCUCUUGCCACACCGCAGCAACAUCCACGUGGUGCAGGAGUGGGUGGCCAACGAUGUGUCGGCCACUCGCAUCCGCCACGGGCUGCGGUGUGGCCACAGUGUCCGCUACCUUCUGCCCGACCCGGUGCUCGGCUACAUUCAGGAGCGGCAGCUGUACAAUGCGGAGAGUGAGCAGAGGAACGAAGGGGUUGUGCUGGCUCCUCUCCAGAAAUGUGCAAGAACGCAGGAGUAA